AUGAAUGUAGGUCCCAAAGAAGACCCCUACUACGAGGAAAUUCCCGAAAACGAACGCCAUUUCUACCAACGAAAGGGGGCCACGAGAAAGAGAAAGCUCCCAGAUUUCAUUCCCAAACACGACUAUAAGGUAUUGCAACUGGUGAGACGCCGCGCCUACCAUCUUGACCUUGCCCUUAGUCUCUGUGGCUUCCGUUUGGGGUGGGCAGGUAUCAUUGGUCUUAUUCCCGGUAUUGGUGAUGUGCUUGCGUUGUUCUUUGCGUUACAAUUGAUUAAUAAGGCUAAGCAGGUUGAGGGUGGCUUGCCAGACCACAUUGCGGCUAAGAUGAGCGCUAAUGUCAUGUUUGACUUUGGCAUUGGGCUUAUUCCAUUUGUGGGUGACCUCAUUAACAUCGCCUAUAAGUGUAACUCACGGAACUUUAUUAUUUUGGAACAAUACUUGGUACAGAAAUACUCGACCGAUGCUCCAGUGGGGGCAGUGAUUGGGAAACAAUCGGCUAAUAUAAAGGGACACGAUCAUAAGCCUCAGCCCACGAAUGCCCAGGACUCAGUGGCAUCUUAUCGAGACAGUGAGAGCACUAAGUACCCUGGAGCCCCGCCUCCGACAUCAUCAGGGAAGCAUCCAGUGCCCCCCCGAUGA